AAACAAGAACACCAUGGUAUAUCAACUUGUAGCGGUCAUAGUAGCUGUUAUGCUUCUUCAAGGAAUAUGGCAAGAUGGCGACAUGUUUAAAGCGAACGUCAAAAUUGUUUAAUAUUUCGUUAUUACAAUCAUCAGUGGACAUUUCUCUUCGAGACUUAAUAUGUCCUGUGUGCCGUAGUAUUUUGAUUGAACCAGUGACAUUGCCGUGCACUCAUAAUCUUUGUUUAAAAUGUUUGAAAGGUACUUUUGAACAUAAUAGUUUAAGCUGUCCCCUCUGUAGAAUACGAGUCGGUUCUUGGUUGCGUACAGCAACAAGAACCGAAACAUUAGUUAACAAUAGCCUUUGGGAAUUAAUUCGUACUAAAUUUCCAAAAGAGGUUGAAAACAAAUACAACGGUGACGACAAAAACAUUGAAUUGGAUGUUGAAUUUAAUAGUGUUAAUAAAACACUCAGUGCAGCAGGAGAAAUUCGUCGGGAAUAUGAAGUGCAACUUCAAAUGGCUGAAGAAGAAAUACAAUGUCAAAGAAAGGCUGAACAGAUAGCUAGUGAAGCAUUAAUUCGUAAGAUUCAAGAAGAAGAACAGCAACAGUUGGCACAAUUGACUCAAGAUCAAUUACUUGCAAAGUCUUUAGUCAAAAAGCAAAUUGCAGAAAAGCAUAAAGAAGCAUCUAAAUAUUAUAAUACUUAUCCUUAUGCAGCUAAUAAUUUGUUCCAUACCUCAAAGUUUAAUGUUUCUACUAUGACUGAAACAAAUUCAUGUAAAAUGGAACCCCAUAGUUCAAAAUGCGAGAAAGAAAUUGUUUUAGAGCCCCAAGAUAACUCUGGAUUAAGGAGAUCAAAUCAAUUAAGGAGAUCAUUAAUAUCUAAAAUUCGUGCAGAAAGAUAUGCUUUUAGUAUAAAAAGUAAUGAUUCUUCUAAUGUAUGUAAUGAUUCUAUGGGUAAAUUUUGUUGUCAGAAACCAAUGCCUAUAUAUAAUGCUACUGCACGGACUUUGAAACAUCAAGCAACAACAAAAAUGAUAGAAUCUUGUAUGUCAAACUACCCUAUAGAAUCUGGAACAUCUUCCUCAAAAAUAUAUGGUACUCAAAGCAAAGAAGAAUUACAUGUACCAGAUGAUGUUGUAAACAGUAAAAAGAAAAGUUUAGGAGUAGAGGUGUGCAUAUCUUCCGGAGACGACGAUGAAAGAAUGGGAAGUGCAGAAAGUGCCGGUAGUCAUGAUAGUAUUAAUCAAGAAAUUCAUCAUUUUAAGCCAAUAAAGGCUAUGCCAAGAACACCGCUAAAAAUUUCUACAGAUGGAAGACAAAUAGAUCCAAAAUUAAUUAGAGUUGUUCCUAUUCUUAAAAGGAUAUCUAAUGUUAUACCUAAACCUCCAUCUCAGACACAUUUUAAACGAAUUAUUGGUUGUUCCUGGAGCGCAUUUCGAGGUAAAACCAAACAACAUAUUAAAGAGAAAGAGAUAUAUCAGGAAGAGAUUGAACAGAAACCAUCAACAUCUUACAAUCAAUCUCAAGUUAUCUCUAAUAAAAUAGUAAAAUCUCAAAUACAUGAGAGCAUUCGAAAACUUGAUUUCGCUUCAGAAACCUCAUUUGACUCCAAUAAAAAUUAUGCUAAAAGUACGAACAAAGUGAUAAAUGGCACUAGAAUUGGUAAAAAACUAAUAUCAGACGACCAUAGGGAUAUUAAAAAGGUGGAGAAGUCUUGGAAAUCAGAUAUUAGGAACGGGAUGGUGUGUAAAUCUAAACGACAGAAAAAUUUAUGGAUUAAAAAAGACACAAGGAGUGUAACGGGUACGAAAUAUGUAGAUGACAUUGAAAUGAGGAAUUCAACAUCUUCGUCUAUAUCUGUAAAAAUAAAUUCAUCAUACGGCGAAGAGAUCGAAGUACAAAGGGAAGAUGAGAGGACAGUAGAAAAUAUUGCGGAGAGAAUAAAAAAGAGAAAAAUAAAUAUGGAUAAGAAGAAUUCUGAUAGCAUGUGUUCAUUAAAUUCAGAAUCAGAAGUAAUUAUGAAAAAGAACACAAGGAAAAGAUUAUAUAGAAAACAGAACCUUGAAUACAAAGUAACAGACAAUGUUCCUGUUACAGUACAAAAACGAAAUAAAACUAAGCAUACGAAGACUGCCUUGCCGAAAACGAAACAGCAAAGGGCACGUCGAGCAAAGCAGUCUAGUACAGAAAGUUCCGAGAAAAGUGAUGGCUCGAUAGGAUUGAGCUGUCAAAUGAAUAAUUUUCCUUUAAGAAAAACAGCGCGAAAUGGCAAACACAAUAAUUCUAUCAAUAGUGAACAACACGUAAAUGUAAGCGAUGAGAAUAUGGACAGUAACAAUUAUGAUUCAUCCGAAUCUUGCAGCGAAUUGCACGAAUGUAUGUCGGAAAAUAAUAAUACUACCGAGGUGCAUACAGUUGAAGAUAAAAGUAUUCUUUCGGACGAAGAAAUUAUUAAAGAACAGGAACGAAUGGAGAGGUUAGUUAUACAAGAAAAAGAAGAUUUCGAAUUAGCACUGAGAUUGCAAGCAAAGUUCGACGAAAUGGAAAGAAUAGCCGGUCGAACAAGACGAUCGAAAAAGGCGAUCGAAAGUGAAACAAUUGAAUUAGAUUUGUAUAAAAUUGAUGCUGGGAGAAAUGUACAAAAAGCAAUUAAUUCGCAUACUGCCAAACCAUCGAUCCUCAAUCACACUGUCACCACUGAAGCUAAGAAACGUGGUAGGCCUCCGAAGCGUAUAAAAUAAAGCAACACAUAUAUACGCUGAUCGUUGCGUCUGAACUGUGAACCUUCCAAAUGGAUGUUCCUAUAAAUUGUAAAUGAAAGGUUUGAAUUUCAUCCUGUAGAAUAUUUUAUCUAUCUCAAUCGAAUUGUUUACAUGGCUUGAAAUGCGUACCUGGGACAUAUUAGUGCGAUCAUGAAAAGAGAAAAAAUAACAAAGAAACAUUUCAAUACAUUUAUAUAGGUAGCUAUGUUUCUUGAAACAUAUAUAUAUAUAUAUAUAUAUAUAUAUAUAUAUAUAUAUAUAAUCAUGUUUUGUAAUAUUUUUUUAUUUACACUCAAUUUUAGCAAUUAUUAUAACACGCAUGUGCCGUGUUAAACUAUCGUGAAGAGAAAACUUUUCUUAAACAUUUUGAUCGUUUUCGUCUUUUUCAGUUGUAUGCUAAUCAAUGGAAGACAGAUUUGACUGAUAUAUAAGAGAUAGAAUUCCUGAGAUUAAAAAUUAUAGCUUUAAAAUGAUGCUACCGUUUAAAUACGACUUGAAAAAUACAGUAGUACUUUCCUAACGCGUCUCCUAUGAAACAUGCGUCUAUGACUAAAACAAUUCUAUUGAACAGAGAAAUGGUUAUUAACAGAUUAGUAUCGCUUUGGACUACCACUUCUUUACUUUAGAUAAUAAAAAUAGGGAAAGUUUGGUAUAACAUAGUGCUAUGCAAACUAUAAACAGAAAAGUAAAAAAAAAUAUGUUUUAUAACAUUAAUAAAUUUUUUUUUUUUAAUUUAAUACUGUUUAUAGCAAGCAUAAUUACUGUAUAUCGAUUACAUAAAUUCGAGGAUUAUAGAUAAAUCAAAAGCUGCAAGCUUUAGCAUGUAUCAGAGAAAUAUCAAUAGAAAAUCGACCGAGCCUGCUUUCUAUUUUCCCUUAGAAACUCAUUAUACGUUGGGUUUCGAUAAUCCAUCAAACGAGACGAGUUCGUAAAUGUAAACAAAUCUUGCUCGACUCAGGGCCGGCGCACAGGUGCUUUCAAUUCUUCAAACCCCUUCGUUCGGCGUGUGUGUACUGUGAGACGGACCUGCGUCGAACACGUGAAAUUUGUAUUCCAUUUGCUGACCUGCCUCCUUGGACGGACUAUAAUUGAACAUUGCAAACAAGUAUAUAUUUUUAUAGAACAGCCUCGCAUCAUAGACCUAUCAUAUUUGUAAUCUUCUUUAUAUUUAAACCUUUAAGUAUGCGAAAAUAGAAACAAGAGAUUUUAAACAUAUUCGUGAAAACAUUGAUACGAUUGAAGAAGUAUGUAUGUAUGUAUGUAUUUCCACUACUAUUUAUCUUUUUUAUCUUUUACUCUUGACUUCCAUCCAAGGUAUUCUAUGAUAUAUCUUUGUUUUGUUUUGUUUUGUGAUAAUAUCACAGUAUUCAGCAAUCUAACACACACACACACACACGAUUAUUCGUAAAACAUAAUUCAUUCCUAAUUGGUGUUAGUUUAUUGUUCGAUUUCAAACAAUUAAGAGAAUAUUUUAAAUGCAGUACUUGGACAAUUAUCAUUCUAUUUUUCUCUUCGUUUCUGUGUAUUUGUCUUUAAUUUUUCUUCAUUCUUUCCUGCAUUAUGUUUCUCGUUAAUCUGAACGAAAUUUUUCGAUCUCGUUAUUUGCAGGCUUCAUUAGCAAUAUAAAAAUAAAGAAAAGCCAAAAAAAAAAAAAAAAAAAAAAAAAUCACACAAAAUAGAACGAAACGCCACAGCCAUAAACUAUACUUUGUUCGAACGGUAACUUCGAACAUGCGUAGUCUAUUAAUUGUUAUUUAUAUAAAUACAGAUUAUACAUUUAUAGUUGCGAAACAAGUUAAUAGCGUUGACCGAGUACAGAUGGUCUCUGACGAAUGACGAAAAUCCAGGCAACGAUGUGACAGAUAGUUUUUUUGAUUGUUUAAAAUUUGAAAAGAAUCGUGAGUUAAAUUGUAUAUGUGUGUGUGUGCGCGCGCAUGCGCAUGUCUAUGACUAUCCGUCAGAUUUCGUGACUCGUUAGACUUCUUUCUUGCUCAGUCAAUAGUAAUAGUCUUUCACUUUUUUUAUAUAAAUACUAAUUAUAAAUACAAUUAAAAAUCGUAUAUAUAAAUAUAUAUACUAAUUGAUACGUACGUUUAAAGGAAACGUAUAUUUGUAAUAAUUUGAAAUAAGUCAUGAAGAAGUCGAAUCGAUUAAUUCAUGUAAUCUUAAUCUAAACAAUUCGCAUAGAUGGAACUAUGGAUACGAAAAAAGAAUAUAUAUGACAUUAAUAUAAAAAUAAGCCGUAAGACUUACGAAAAAUGUAUAGAGAAAAAAAAAAAAAUAUUUGCGUAUAGAUUUC